UAAAGAUAAAUUUCUUUAAAAAAUGGCAGAAUUCGCUUUAAUUUCAAGUUUGCUUCGUGAAAAAUGUGAAGAAAACACCGAAUUACAAAAACUUUGCUCUCAAGUUUCAACUAAAUACUUGGAUUCUGCAAAAAUGGAAAUACGUGCCCAAAAUAAUCGUGAAGAGAAUAUAAUGCUGAAAUUGGACAUUGGAAAUCUAGAAUCCAUAUACCGAAUAGUAAAUGAAAGCAAUGAAGCCCUAACAGAGCUGGACUCACUUCUUAUGGAAUUUUACGAUGAGUAUCUUAAAUAUUCUUUUGAUAUCGACGAAUGUGAACUAGAAAAACUCGCAAGCUAUGAUGAAAUCAAACUUGAAUUGGAAACUCGAGACUCAAUUAACAAAUACCAGAGGCUUUAUGAACGUAAACUUAAAAUGGCCAAGAAAAUGGAUGAACGAAAUAUUGUUAAAAAAUACAGAGAAGCACAAGAAAAUCUUUCCCUAAUUAAAACUCAACGUCUUCAUUUAGAAGAAAAGGCUAAUAAAGCCAAGGAAUUCAAAGCAAGACGUCUAGAAGAGAGAAUUUUAAUAAUUCAGUUGGUUCAAGGCACGGUCGAGUUGGAAACUAUCCUAGCGCAAUUGUACCCACAAAAAUCACAAUCCCAGAUUAAGCUCUCUGGAAGUCAACGUCUAAGUCAAUUUGUUCGUUCGGAUAAACUGAAUAAACAAAGAGUUGGAUUAUCCUCAAGGUUACUGGUGAAUUUUAAAGAAUUCAAAGUUCCUACAGUUCCCCAAAUGACAAGAAUUCGAAAACUAAAUCAAAUAAAUGGCUUGAAUCGUCUUCUGCAACAGUCAGAAGUUAUUCGCAAGUCAAUGCAAACAGCUCCCAUAACUUUAUCUUGUGAAUUCGCUACUCCCAAACUAACUGGUAUUUUAAAAACUCCAGGUGAUCAUUCGAAUUCGACAGAAGGUUCACAGAAAUCAGUUUCCUUCGAUUUAAAUGUACAUAAUCCCGAUAAAGACGAGGUGAAUAAAAGCCUUGAAACUCAAGAUAUUCCUUACUCAGAAUUUGAGAAUGUCUCUGACAUGAGUGAGAGUUUGAAAGAAGAAAUUAAAACAAACCCCGAACAAAUUGAAAUAACAGAAAAUGUGUUAAUCAAACCAGCUGAUAAGAUGUCCAAGACCGAUCAACCCAAAGCGACCACAACCAUUAAAAGAAAGGCAGACAAGGAGAACAUGGAAAAACAUGGUCAAUCACCACCCACCAAAAUGAAGUUCUCUCCUUCUGAAGACUCAAUGAAUUUCGGUUCGAAGAGUUUUAUGGAAAUGUUUAUGGAAUUAUCCAAAGAUACACCAUCUCCUUCUGAAGAUGAAGUAUUUAAAAAACCAACCGAGAAAAAGACCAAGGAAACCAUAGAAAAAAAGAAAGGCACAAAUCCUAAAACAAAAGCAUCAAAAAAACAAUUUGAUGGUUUCGAAGAAUUUAUAUCACAAUUCGCUGGCGAAACGAGUGAUACAAAGGACGAAGAAGAUGAUGGAGAAGAGGAUCAACUUGAUAGGUCGGCUGAUAUGUCUUUUGACUUCUUUCAGAGUGAUGAACCGGGUCAGGGUAAUGAUGAUGGGGAUGGAUGUGGUAAUUUGUCAUUUGAAUUUUAG